AACUUUAUCAAUUAAAACCCUAAAACUUGGGCAAACCGACUUCCUCUUUCCAACCAGCGCUCUUUGAUCGGUGCUCUCGUUUUCGUCAUCUAGGGUUUAUCUUCUUCAGACAAUCCGGCCUGCGAUUGUAGACUUUCGCUAUGCCGCAGGGAGAUUACAUUGAGCUUCACAGGAAGCGACAUGGCUACCGCCAUGAUCACUUUGAGCGGAAACGCAAGAAGGAGGCUCGUGAAGUGCACAAACGAUCUGCUACGGCCCAGAAGGCCCUGGGUAUCAAGGGUAAGAUGUUCGCGAAGAAACGCUAUGCGGAGAAGGCUCUGAUGAAGAAAACAUUGGCAAUGCACGAGGAGUCUUCAAGUAGACGCAAGGUUGAUGAUGAUGUUCAAGAGGGUGCUCUUCCUGCAUACCUAUUGGAUCGUGAAAAUACAGCUCGGGCCAAAAUUCUCAGCAACACCGUUAAGCAAAAGAGGAAAGAAAAGGCUGGAAAAUGGGAAGUUCCCCUGCCCAAGGUCAGACCCGUUGCCGAGGAUGAAAUGUUUAAAGUGAUAAGAACUGGUAAAAGAAAAACAAAGCAGUGGAAGAGGAUGGUCACAAAAGCUACAUUUGUGGGGGCAGGUUUUACAAGAAAACCUCCUAAGUACGAGCGGUUUAUCCGCCCAUCAGGUCUUCGAUUUACAAAAGCUCAUGUAACACAUCCUGAACUUAAAUGCACUUUCAAUCUUGAGAUCAUCGGGGUGAAGAAAAAUCCGAAUGGUCCAAUGUAUACCUCUCUUGGUGUCAUAACUAAGGGAGCUAUUAUUGAGGUGAAUGUCAGUGAACUAGGUUUGGUCACACCAGCUGGGAAAGUAGUAUGGGGGAAGUAUGCUCAAGUCACCAAUAACCCAGAGAACGACGGUUGUAUAAAUGCUGUUCUGCUUGUCUAAACAAACCGAUGAUGGGAACGAGAUUACUUGAAGCAGAGGUAGCAUUAUUUUUGAAGCUGUAGCCAGAACCCUUUUUUUUUUUUUUGAGUAUAUUAGUUUUCUUCGUGAUAUCUAACCAGAAAUGUAUUUUUAUUCGAACAUACCGGAUUUUAUGUCUGCAGAUCAAUAUAUAUACACAUUUAUAUUUUGAGACUGUAGA